AUGACUUUGUGCUUGACAAUUAGUUCAUUGGGCAUUACAGAAGCCACAACACCUGUACUAACUCCUGCACCCUCACACCCUGGAGGAGAGGAAAAUGCUCACCCUCAUCACCCUCACCCCUCACCUUCACCCUUCCCUGUCACCCUGAGCCGCCCUGCAGUCCCCAUCAUGGAGUAUAUACAAAUCGUGCAGCGUCCACCGUUCUCACACCGCCCCUACGGCCUCCUGCGGUCACCCUACACGGAGCACCCCACCUGCUCCGUCCUCUGCCAUCACCCCACCGCGCCGCACACCCACCGCAGCCUCAUCCACCUCACCCGCGCCUCAUGGCUGGCGGAGGUGCGGGCACACAUGAGCCGGGCGGGGGCGGCCCUGGCGGAGACUGAUUUGGAGACCGGGGACAGAAGGACCCCCUCCAGCCUCCCCUUCACCCCCUGGGCACUGAGGGACUACAGGUCGCGGCGCGGGGAAGAGAAAACAGGGAAGAUUCGAGGCAGACUUCACUACAAAACUCACCAAACAGCUGGAUCUUGUGGCGAAGGGACAACAACAGAAACAACAGGAGCAGCAGGAGACAGCGAGGGGCCAGCGACAGCAGCAGCAGGGGAAGAAGAGUAUCAGCAGAGGAGCCAGAGGGAAACUAAAAGCGGAGGCGCCCGACGGAGGGUUGGCGAGGGAUGCAACACUCACCACAGGCUCCAUGGCGCGGCGGGAGCUGACUUGACCUCACACGUAAUUCCACACUUGACUUCACACGUGACUGCACUCCUUCCUCGCCGGGUCAUCAGGUACACCACGCACUCGUGCAUUGACCCCAGCAGGAGGCGGCGAGUGGUGAGGCGUCCAGGGGUGCUCGUCUACUGCAAGAGGUCCGCCCUUAUCUCUGCCAGGCUGAGGAAGCGACGGCGUUGGGUGAGAGGCCGGGGUAAGAAGCGCAAGCCUCAUUACCAUCUCUUAUUGCCUCCUCCCGCGCGGCGAAGACACUGGCGGAGGAAGCGAGUUUGCCAGACGUCUCAGGAGCCUCGGAAUGAAGUGAAACUGAAUCGCGCGAGUCAUGAGUCACUGGCGCGGUAUUUGAAUAAGAGGCAAGACCGUGAGACAGGCGCGCGUGAGGUGGGGGCGGUAAGGGCGGUGAGAAGGCCACAGGGGCGUCGCCAGGAGUUCCCCACGAGAAGGAUGCCGAUAAACGAGUGGAAAAUUGUCCUGCGGGAUAAAACACGCGAAGAGAACGGGGAGACUCAAAUGGUAACGCCUGGCAACUGUAACGCUGGAGCCACGGCGGUGACAGAUGAAACACGCGGUGCGCACCACGCCGCCCCGCCACCGACCAUGAAUCCUGCACCCUCUACCACGCAUCCUACGUCCUCCAAGCCCCUAAGGGAUAACAAAUACUACAGUCCCCCUAGAAAGAUUGAAAUAGGGCGUGAAAUCAACACCUCGCUCCCUGACACUCAAACAUCGUGGUGCUUCCCUGUCCUGCCUGGGCGGUGCGUGGAGCGGCGCGGCUCCCCACUGCGCAGCUCUCCCCGCGCAGCCACGCACCACACCCUGCGCUUCGAGGUGGUGGUGGAGAAGGCGAGGCUGCAUCACAGGUUCCUGAAGGGCGAGGAGCCACAACACGUCUCAGCCUCACCUUGGAGCAAACCGAUGUCUUCAGAUUGUCAAGUUAAAAAUAGCGAAACACAAACAAAAGAGCGAUUUUCUGCUACCUCUUGUACUGCUACUACUACUCAGCUAAAGUUACUACCACUUAAACAAUCACAUAUUCACCUCCGGGAUAUCUGGCCGACUCACACGACUCAGACACCUAAAACGAACCAAAACACCACGGCAACCAUCUGCACCACCACCUCCUGCCAACAAACGCACACCAAAAGCGAGGGCGACGAAAGCAAACCUGUAACAUCACUGAACACCAAGGAUCGGGAGGAAAGACCGAGCAGCAGCACAUCUAUUGGCCCUUACGAGACUGUUAGAGAGGCUGAGACAGAGGGACAUAGUGUGGACUGCCCAGAUGACCAGCAAAGUGCAAGAGAAAGUCCCGGGGUAUAUGAAAUCGACUCCCCAGACACGGUACCACUGACCCGCGCCACUCUGAAAGCCAAAGAGAAGUUCAUGAGACCGCUACGAGGGAGAGACCGCACGGAUCUUUCCCAGCAGACAGAGAGCGAGACCGAGAGCGAGAUGAACGGCGCCAUGAAGAAGAGGAAGAAGAGACGAAGGAAAACCCGAGGGAGACAGACCAGGAGAAACAAAACAGCAUCGCAUGAAAAGGACCCGAAUGUGACGGAACUAACAAAGACCGAUAUUUUCAGCAACGACAUCAUCUCGGAACUUCUCAAACUGUACGUCCCGCGGAGACAAAGGAAGAAACAGCAACAGGACGAGGAGGACGCGAAGAGAAAGAGGAGCAAGAGACGAAGAAAGAGGAAGAAAGGAAGCACUGAGAGGAGUAAAGAACAACGAAACGACCUUCUUGUGUCUCUGAACCGCAACACAGCCUUCUGGUAUGACGUCACCUCGAGGUUAACGGUCGUAAGCCAGAGCAGAAACGACCCUUCCACGACCUCUACCCUCCCCUCACUGCCUCCCACGACCACAACCACUGGCAGGAAGUUCAGAGCAGCAGUUAUGAGUCUGAAGAACGAGGGGAACUUGGAGAAAACGGGAGGAAGGGAAGAGGCAGAAGGAGGAGGACUGGAAGAGGGGAAACAAACCUCACUAACCUCCUCUUCCCCUCGUCCUCUGCCUCCCCUCUCUGGCACCAAAGUCCCCUCUAAGUUCUACACAGUUGCCUCGGCCUUCGUGACAGCUGAGAAGAAUUACCACAGCCUCCUGCCUCCCCUCAGUCCCACGUGGUCCGAGACUCUGGAUUCCCUCUUCCCCUCACUCCCUCAAGCGUCGGACAGCGUGGACUCAGGCCUCGGGGGGGAGAAGCAACGACCAAAACGACGCUCACGACGACCCCCGAAGAAGAAGGCGGAGGAGGGAGGACUAGACGACCCCGGCCAGACUGCGGUGGCGGCAGCAGGGGACAGCAGGGCGGCCUCGUCACGGCUCUCCGGCAGCAGUCACUCCUCGAAACCUACGUCAGCCAGGUCGUCCAAGUCGUCGUCCUCUCAUCGCAGGAUUCACGACCCCCUCUCCUACCACCCCAAGCAAUUUUUAGGGGACGGGACGCCUGCAGAAGGAGGAGCAGAACUGAAGAGGCUGCAGGAGACUCUUGGAGGAGGAGGAGGAGGAGGAGGAGGAGGAGGCCGCCAUCUUUACUCUCCCAGUCCAGAUCUCAAGGCUCGUAGGUGA